AUGGCAUCUGAUGAGGAUACCAGUCACCUGGGGACUACUUCACCAGAGCAGUCAGAGGAUGAGAUUAGUAAUUCUCAAGAGUCAACUUGGGAGCCCCCAGAGGAAGAUGAUGACGAUGGCGACUAUGAUGACGAGGGGGCGUCUGACGAGAACGACGACGAUAGCGGCACCGAGUAUGCGACAGGAGACGGGGAGUUAAUGAUAGACCUGGAGGGUUAUGACGACAUGACCCAGCAACUCCUUCAAGAUUACAUAGGGGGUGGCCUGUUCGCCAAUAUCAACGCUAUCAUUAAUCAUUUUGAGGAAUAUAGCGAAGAUGAAGAGCUAGAUAAUAAUAUCCAGUCACUUCUCUCUGAUGGAGCCGAAUUGUUGCUAGUCUAUACGGACGCGUAUGGAGAAGAUGAUGAACCCGACUCUUUACUCACGCCGCGAAGGCGUUUAGCAGUUUUGGUAGAGCGAGAGUACGGCAACAGGCCCAUUCUCAUGACCCGAGACCAGAUACAAUAUUUGCUACGACGAAAUCGCAUCCUGGAACAUGUGACGAUCUAUUUCCGGGAACCUGUAUACUCGGGCCAAUUCUCUCGCGACGGAAACUUUUACUUUGCUUGCGGAGCUGACUUUAAGGUCAGGCUUUAUGAUACAUCCAACCCGUAUAGUUGGAAGCACUACAAGACGGUUUCCCACCCUUGGGCCCAAUGGACACUCACGGAUGCUUCACUGAGUCCUGAUAACAGAUGGCUGGCCUACACGUCCCUCUCACCUAGCGUGUGCUUGGCGCCUACCGAUCCGAAUGAUAAAGGUGAUCCCUAUGCUCUAGAUCUAAGUUCCAGCUCGGGGACCGGCGGGGAAUGGCGAUCGACGAGCCGCGGCUACGCUUCGGCAUAUUUUCAGACAUCUCUCCUUCGCGUGAAGGGGCAUGACGAUGACGUCAACGCUGUCUGCUUUGCCGACACGUCAUCCCCUCAUAUCCUUUAUUCCGGGUCGGAUGACAGUGUAAUAAAGGUCUGGGAUAGGAGAAGUAUGGGCGAUAGACGAGAGGCCGGCGCAUUCGUGGGUCACAUCGAAGGCAUCACACAUAUCGACAGCAAGGGUGAUGGCCGCUAUAUCUUGAGCAAUGGUAAAGACCAGAGCAUGAAACUCUGGGACCUUAGAAUGGCUAUGUCCACACAUCGGUUUGAAAACAUCGGCCUGCGGAGGAACCCUACAUUUGACUACCGAUGGGACAGGUUUAGGGAGCCCGAUUGGUUCAGAGAUCCGAACGAUAACUCCGCAGUAACAUUCCGUGGGCACGAUGUGCUGCGAACCCUCAUCAGGUGCCAUUUUCCCCUCCCGCGUGAUGAGGUCCUUAGCGAAUGCCGGGCGGUUCUUGGGUUUGUCUACAAGGCAGCCCUUGUAUCAUUCGAGGAGCAUGGUCGUGAGAGAUGCAAGUUGGCAUCCAAACGUACCUGUGAUUGCGACCUCAACAUGGAGCACCCAUCGGACGCGUGA